AGGUCUUCAGCGCCAAACCUGCCCCUGCUCUCCAAGCUCAGCCCGGGUGUCUUUAGGUAGUUGCGGAGCCGGCAGGGGUGAGGUCCCCAGCGGGAGGGCGAGAUUGGACGUGGGGCCGCGUGCUAGCCCCCCCAUGCGCGUGCACGCUCUUCCCAUUUGUCUCCGCGCACGUGCACGCCCCCUCUCAUCCGUCUCCCCGCGCGUGCACGCCCUUCCUCUCUGCCGUCUCCCCGCGCGGUCGGCCGUCAGAAAGGCACGCGCCUCGCCUUUAACGCGGGCCGAAGGCGCGCGGCCCGUAUGGCGUGCGAGCGGCGGCAGCUGCGGGCCUGGCCAGGCCUGGGCUGAGGCCGAGCCAGCCGCGGGGUUCCGCAGCCCUGGACGGCGCCCAUCAUGCGGCGGUUGCGGCGCCUGGUGCAUCUGGUGCUCCUCUGUCCCUUCUCCAAAGGCCUGCAGCAGGGCCGGCUCCCAGGCCUCAGGGUCAAGUAUGUCUUGCUGGUCUGGCUGGGCAUCUUCGUGGGCAGCUGGAUGGUCUAUGUACACUACUCAUCGUAUUCGGAGCUCUGCCGUGGGCACGUCUGCCAGGUGGUGAUCUGUGACCAGUACCGCAAGGGCAUCAUCUCCGGCUCUGCCUGCCAGGACCUGUGUGAGCUGCAGAAAGUGGAGUGGAGGACCUGCCUGUCUUCAUCGCCAGGCCAGCAGGUAUACAGUGGGCUCUGGCAGAACAAGGAGGUGACCAUCAAAUGUGGCAUUGAGGAAGCCCUGAACUCCAAGGCCUGGCCAGAUGCAGUUCCGCGGCGGGAGAUGGUGCUGUUUGACAAGCCCACCCGGGGUACCUCCAUCAAGGAGUUCCAAGAGAUGAUCCUCAGCUUCCUCAAGGCAAACCUAGGAGACCUGCCCUCCCUGCCAACGCUGGUUGACCAGAUCCUUCUCAUGGCGGACUUCAACAAGGAUAGCAGGGUAUCCCUGGCAGAGGCCAAGUCUGUCUGGGCCCUGCUGCAGCGGAAUGAGUUCCUGCUGCUGCUGUCCCUUCAGGAGAAGGAGCACGCUUCCCGGCUGCUGGGUUACUGCGGGGACCUCUACCUCACUGAGGGCGUCCCCCAGGGCUCCUGGCGUGGGGCAGUGCUGCUGCCUGCCUUGCGCCCGCUCCUGCCAUCUGUGCUGCACAGGGCUCUCCAGCAGUGGUUUGGACCUGCAUGGCCCUGGCGUGCCAAGAUUGCCAUUGGCCUGCUGGAGUUCGUAGAGGAGCUCUUCCAUGGUUCCUAUGGUACCUUUUACAUGUGCGAGACUACACUGGCCAAUGUGGGAUACACGGCCACCUAUGACUUCAAGAUGGCUGACCUGCAGCAGGUGGCACCGGAGGCUGCCGUGCGCCGCUUCCUUCAGGGCCGCCACUGUGAGCAGAGUUCUGACUGCAUCUAUGGGCGAGACUGUAGGGCUCCAUGUGACAGGCUCAUGAGGCAGUGCAAGGGUGACCUCAUCCAGCCCAACCUGGCCAAGGUAUGUGAACUGCUGAGGGAUUAUCUGCUGCCUGGUGCCCCUGCAGACCUCCGUGAGGAGCUGGGCAAACAGCUGCGCACAUGUACCACACUGAGUGGACUGGCCAGCCAGGUGGAAGCCCACCAUUCACUGGUACUCAGCCACCUCAAGACCUUGCUCUGGAGGGAGAUCUCCAACACCAACUACUCUUAAUGCUGCAGGCUCCAGCCAUUAUAGCUCAGCUGUGGGUGGAGCACCCACUUGGGACUGGUCACCCCUCUCCAAGUAAGUCUACCCCACCACUUCCCCAACUGAGCAGAUGGGUCAUUCAUUCCUCUGUACAUGUAAAUAAAUGGCUUUUAUGCAA